AUGGGUGCAGCGGCGUCUGGAGUACAGACGCAAAUGCAAGCCGAGCACGACCCGAACGCCAAUUUUCCAUGGUGGCUCCGAUACUUGGCAAAAGCAGUCGGCAUCAUUGGUGGCUUUGUGGCGAUUUUCUUCGGAGUCAUCGGCAUCAUUUCCGUCACACCAAAAUGCAUCAUUGCUGUCUUGUUACAAAUAGCUUCUGGCUUUUUGACGAUUGCCCUCGAAGCGCCAUUUUGUUGUCAAUUCAUCGAGUUCAUCGAGAGAAUCGCCGCCUUCAGCGAAUCGCGAUCCCAUUUCCACAAGGCUCUUCUAUUUGGAGUAAUGGGCCUGGUACCAAUUUUAAUCUGCAUCGAACUCGAGACGAUAUUGGGCUCGGGGAUGAUCUUUGCUUGUGGUUGCUGCUAUGCAUUCAUGGCUUUGGGCAAGAAAGCCGAUCGAAACACGAUGAUGGCGGCAAGCGACCCGGCUUGGAGUCCACAAGUCAAUCAGCCAUCAAUGUCC